AUAAGAGCGUGCUUGCUUCUUGCAGGAGCUAGCCAGCAACUAUCAUACUGAGUGAAGGCCGGAAUAUGACUACCAUGGCAACUCCCAGUGUUCAUUCUGGCUGCUCCUUCCUCGCCAACAAGUACUUGAUUUCCUUUUGUGUAUUUGUAUGCCUUAAUAUUCUCUCUUCUUUGGACAAGGGCUUCGCUUUGAGUACUCAUCAGACAGAUGUUCAACUCAGCUCUCUACUACCAGCAUCGACCUGCAGCCCCUCCACCAGAGGUCAUGAUAAGAAGAAGGCAACACUUAAAGUGGUACACAGGCAUGGUCCAUGCUCUAAGAUGUCCCAGCCUAACCAAUACAAGACCACAACUCCAACUCACACUCAGAUCCUCCAGCAGGACCAAGCCCGAGUCGACUCAAUCCACUCCCGGAUGGGUGACAACCUAAGGCAAACCGACGCAUCCAUCCCCGCCAAGUCCGGCAGCGUAGUGGGCUCGGGAAACUACAUUGUGACCGUGGGCUUGGGCUCACCCGCAAAACAACUCUCGCUCAUAUUCGACACCGGGAGCGACCUCACUUGGACUCAGUGUCAACCUUGUGUCAAGUCAUGUUACAAACAGAAGGAGCCCAUCUUUGACCCAUCCCUCUCCAAAUCGUAUACCAACAUUUCCUGUAAUUCACCAUUCUGCUCUCAACUCAUAUCAGCCACAGGUACCAAACCUUAUUGCUCAAGCGGCACAUCAACUUGCGUAUACGACAUACAAUACAGAGAUAAAUCCUUCUCCGUGGGAUUCUUUGCUAAAGAAAGGUUGACACUAACGUCAACGGACUAUUUCGACGGGUUUCUCUUCGGCUGUGGCCAAAACAAUCAAGGCCUUUUUGGCGGGUCUGCCGGGUUAUUGGGCCUGGGCCGCAACAAAAUCUCCCUUGUCGAACAGAGCGCCCAAAAGUACGGCCGCUUCUUUUCCUACUGCCUACCCUCAACUUCCUGUGCCACCGGUUACCUCAGCUUCGGAAAAGGCGGCGGACCCUCCAAAGCUGUCAAGUUCACGCCGCUAUCCAUUGUAUCUGGACGCGGGUACUUAGGCGGGUCCUUUUACGGCCUGGAUGUCGUUGGAAUCAACGUCGGCGGAUGUCGGGUAUCGAUUCCCGCUUCGGUUUUUUCGUCCUCAGGGACCAUUAUCGACUCAGGGACGAUGAUAACGCGGCUUCCGGCAACGGCGUACAGCGCUUUGAGGGAUGCAUUUAAGCGAGGAAUGAAAAGCUACCCGCAAGCUGAGGCGCUUUCGAUACUGGACACGUGCUACGACCUGAGCGGGAGCAGCAAGGUGUCGUAUCCCAAAAUAGCGUUCGCUUUCAGCGGUGGAUUGACGUUGGAUUUGGAUGCGACAGGCAUAUUUUACGUGGCCAGUGCUUCGCAGGUGUGCUUGGCGUUCGCUGGGAAUAGUGAUGACAGCGACAUUGCCAUAUUUGGGAAUGUUCAACAGAAACGGUUGCAGGUGGUGUAUGACGUCGCCGGUGGAAAGAUUGGAUUUUCCCCUGCCGGUUGCCCCUGAUGGAUCGUAAUCAAAUUAUGUAUUAUUAUUGCUUAGGCUGGCUUGAUUAAUAACAAACUGAUUAAGCCCGGCUACGUAAGUUUGAUUUAAAGGAUUGCUGAUUAAAAGAUCGUCGAUGGAUAGAUAAUCUGGAAGAAAGUUGUACAUCAGUAAGGGUAUAAUUUAUAGUGAACUCUCUCCUUGCUUUG